GGGCGGGUUCCGGUUCCUCCAUGGGCACUGCACCCCUUGGGGCCGUUAGGGUGCGAUCGGGUGCCGGCAGUUCCCGAGGACCCCGCGCCCCCACUGGACCUCUCCUGUGCCGGGGACCCGAUGCCCUCGUCUGCCGCUCUGCUGACAGCGCUCCGCGCCCGGAUCUGCUGCCUGAUUUCUUCCCAAAUCUGCUAAAGCCUCUGGACACCCACACUUUGUCCUUGGACCCAACAGCUGCUCCUCUGCCUCUGCCUGGAAUGUGGAUAUCUUCCCUGCUCCUUCCUUGUGGCUUUGACCUUUUGGCCUGAGCUCUUCCUCCAGAAGGAAUGCUGAGUUUGGUGGGACCCAGCAUGAGAUGAAAGGGGGGCACCGAUGAAUAAGCCCAAGAAGCAUCACGCCUGACGCUGAGCUGGCUGACCGGCGAAGGCGUCGGUCCUUUCCCACGGCGCACCCUGACUCACCUGUUGGACAGGACCCUGUCCCCACAGCGCCAUGGAGGUGAUGAACCUGAUUGAGCAGCCCAUCAAGGUAACUGAGUGGCAGCAGACCUACACCUACGAUUCCGGCAUCCACUCGGGUGCCAACACCUGCGUGCCCUCCGUCAGCAGCAAGGGCGUCCUGGACGAGGAUGAGGUCAGCGGGCACCAGUACACGCUCAAGAAGACCACCACGUACACGCAGGGCACGCCCCAGGGCCAAGGUGACCUGGAGUACCAGAUGUCUACCACGGCCAGGGCCAAGCGUGUGCGGGAGGCCAUGUGUCCAGGUGUGACAGGUGAGGAUAGCUCGCUGCUGUUGGCCACGCAGGUGGAUGGCCAGGCCACUAACCUGCAGCGCCUGGCCGAGCCAUCCCAGCUGCUCAAGUCAGCCAUCGUACACCUCAUCAACUACCAGGAUGAUGCCGAGCUGGCCACGCGGGCGAUGCCCGAGCUCACCAAGCUGCUGAACGACGAGGACCCGGUGGUGGUGACCAAGGCGGCUAUGAUUGUGAACCAGCUGUCCAAGAAGGAGGCGUCCCGCCGGGCCCUGAUGGGGUCCCCGCAGCUGGUGGCUGCUGUGGUGCGCACCAUGCAGAACACCAGUGACCUGGACACGGCACGCUGCACCACCAGCAUCCUGCACAACCUGUCGCACCACCGAGAGGGGCUGCUGGCCAUCUUCAAGUCGGGAGGCAUCCCUGCGCUGGUCCGCAUGCUCAGCUCGCCCGUGGAGUCGGUGCUGUUCUAUGCCAUCACCACACUGCACAACCUGCUGCUCUACCAGGAGGGCGCCAAGAUGGCCGUGCGCCUGGCAGAUGGGCUGCAGAAGAUGGUCCCGCUGCUCAACAAGAACAACCCCAAGUUCCUGGCCAUCACCACUGAUUGUCUGCAGCUCUUGGCCUACGGCAACCAAGAGAGCAAGCUGAUCAUCCUGGCCAAUGGGGGCCCUCAGGCGCUGGUGCAGAUCAUGCGCAACUACAGCUACGAGAAGCUGCUGUGGACCACCAGCCGUGUGCUCAAGGUGCUGUCCGUGUGUCCCAGCAACAAGCCCGCCAUCGUGGAGGCUGGCGGGAUGCAGGCCCUGGGCAGGCACCUGAGCAGCAACAGCCCGCGCCUGGUGCAGAACUGCCUCUGGACGCUGCGCAACCUGUCGGACGUGGCCACCAAGCAGGAGGGCCUGGAGAGUGUGCUGAAGACCCUGGUGAACCAGCUGAGUGUGGAUGACGUGAGCGUCCUCACCUGCGCCACGGGCACACUGUCCAACCUGACCUGCAACAAUAGCAAGAACAAGACGCUGGUGACACAGAAUAGUGGUGUGGAGGCCCUCAUCCACGCCAUCCUGCGGGCUGGGGACAAGGACGACAUCACGGAGCCCGCGGUGUGCGCCCUGCGCCACCUCACCAGCCGCCACCCCGAAGCCGAGAUGGCGCAGAACUCCGUGCGUCUCAACUAUGGCAUCCCGGGCAUCGUGAAGCUGCUGAACCAGCCCAGCCAGUGGCCACUGGUCAAGGCUACCAUCGGGCUGAUCCGGAACCUGGCCCUAUGCCCUGCCAACCAUGCGCCGCUGCAGGAGGCCGCCGUGAUCCCGCGCCUGGUGCAGCUGCUGGUCAAGGCGCACCAGGACGCGCAGCGCCACGUGGCUGCCGGCACGCAGCAGCCCUACACGGACGGCGUGCGCAUGGAGGAGAUCGUGGAGGGCUGCACCGGGGCCCUGCACAUCCUGGCGCGGGACCCCAUGAACCGCAUGGAGAUCUUCCGGCUCAACACCAUCCCGCUCUUCGUGCAGCUGCUCUACUCUUCGGUGGAGAACAUCCAGCGCGUGGCGGCGGGCGUGCUGUGCGAGCUGGCACAGGACAAGGAGGCGGCGGACGCCAUCGACGCCGAGGGCGCUUCUGCGCCCCUCAUGGAGCUGCUGCACUCGCGCAACGAGGGCACCGCCACCUACGCUGCUGCAGUCCUUUUCCGCAUUUCUGAGGACAAGAACCCUGACUACCGCAAGCGCGUGUCCGUGGAGCUGACUAACUCCCUCUUCAAGCAUGACCCGGCGGCCUGGGAGGCGGCCCAGAGCAUGAUCCCUAUCAAUGAACCCUACGCUGAUGACCUGGAUGCCACCUACCGCCCGGUGUACCCGGGCGACGUCCCGCUGGACACGCUGGACCAUCUGGACGUGGACGGCGACUACCCCAUGGACCUACCUUACAGCGAUGGCCUGCGGCCCCCGUACCCCACCUCAGACCACAUGCUGGCCUAGGCUGCUCGCCCUUCAUGCUCUGUCCUUGGGCUCUGCUGAACCCCAGCUCUGCGCUGGGUUCCUUUCUAGGGUGCUGUGGGGACCUCGAAGGGUGCUGGGCUGCCAUCUGGGAACCUUGCUUAGGGUAGGAGACCUGGCCCUGCUGGAGUGGCCAGAGUGCAGGGGACACAGGUGGGCACCCCAGCCCUGAGGGUGUGGUCCCGGGUGACGGGGACACUGGUGAGCCGAAAAGUGCCUGAGUGGAGCGGGCCGUGCUCUAUGCUGCACCCCAAAGUCCCGCUUCUCCAUCUUGGCUGGGGGCCAGGCGUCCCCUUCCUGCCUGCUUCCCAGCCAUCAAAGCUUUAGCCCUCCCCACCCCAGCUCUGCUCCCUUCCUGCCGCUGGGUCGUUACAGCCCCUGCCCCGCUGCUGCUCGGAGCCUCCAGGGUCUCCAGGCCCAAGGCCCGAACCCCGUAACCCAAGCCUUGCUGGAAGCUCAGGACUGCGGCGGCGGGGGGUAGGGGGAGUUGGGGGGUGGUAGGGCACGGAGAGCCCCUCCCCUGCCCUCAGGCCCAGAAGUGUGCUUGCUGACCCCUCUGGUGUGUGGUGAGCAGCUUCCUGUCCCUGCUGUGGACCUGUCCCUGCCUAGGUGGGGCUCCCUGUUGGGGCUUCACAUCAUUGCUUAGCACCCUUGGUCUUGUGGGGUUUUUGUAUCAACCAAAGCAAAGGAAAUAAAGUCACACUCAAGUCUCA